UCGGCAUCACUACACCUCAUAACAACUAUGGCUUCCCCAUCAAGCAGUCACGAAAGCGUUAGCACCUUUGCCACAGAUGAAAGCGACUACGAAGACUACGUGUACGACCGCAGUCGGGCCCGUACUCGUAAAGAGGACUCGUGGAGGAGGCGGUACCGGCGGAGAAUGAGGGAAGACGGCUUCAGUAGUCCCGAGUCGGUGGAGAGAAGGUCCCUCAGCCCCUACAGAGGGAAGAAAUUCGGCAAAAAGAACAGGUCUAAAAAGUCGAAGAAAGCAGCAAAAAAACACGACAGAGAAACCAAAGCCCACACAGAAAUGGGUGUUCAGAGAAGUCGCAAGACACCUGGUGGUCACAAGACACACAGAUCCUGUCCAGAGGUGACAUCCCACAUGAAAUGAUCCAGAAACAAACUCCAAAUGUCUUUCAAGAGCCUCAGGGCUGUGUAACUAAACUUGGCAUAUACUCAUCUUGUAAUAAAUGAUUUUUUACAUA